UCUAUCAAGCUGGUUCUCAGUUGCAAGCUUUAGCUCUUUGGUCUUAGAGUCGAGACAAUUCGAGGCAGGUUCCGAUUCCAACGGUCUCGCUUUUGUUUCUUUAUCCAGUGACAUCUGCUUAUAGUUUAUUCCAGCAGCCAUGGCAGACCGAGAGGAUAACGUUUACAAGGCAAAACUCGCCGAACAAGCCGAAAGAUACGAUGAAAUGGUGGAGUCAAUGAAGAAGGUGGCAUCGAUGGACGUCGAGCUAACUGUCGAGGAGCGGAACCUGCUCAGCGUGGCUUACAAAAAUGUGAUUGGCGCACGCCGUGCAUCUUGGCGCAUCAUCUCUUCUAUCGAACAGAAAGAAGAGAAUAAAGGUGCCGAGGAUAAACUUGAACUCAUCCGCAAUUAUCGCAAUCAGGUCGAGAAGGAGCUGAAGGAUAUUUGCUCGGAUAUUUUGAGCGUCCUUGAGAAGCAUUUGAUUCCCUCGGCCACUACUGGAGAAUCAAAAGUCUUUUACUACAAAAUGAAGGGUGAUUACCAUAGGUAUUUGGCCGAAUUUGCGACAGGAAAUGACCGAAAGGAAGCUGCGGAAAAUUCGCUGAUGGCAUACAAAGCCGCAUCCGACAUUGCCAUGACGGAAUUACCCCCCACCCAUCCCAUCAGAUUGGGAUUGGCCUUGAAUUUCUCCGUCUUUUAUUACGAAAUCCUCAACUCUCCUGACCGGGCGUGUCGGUUAGCCAAGGCAGCUUUUGACGACGCCAUCGCCGAGCUGGACACCCUUUCGGAGGAGUCUUACAAGGACUCGACGCUCAUCAUGCAGCUCUUGAGGGACAACUUGACCCUCUGGACUUCCGACAUGCAGGGUGACGGUGAAGCUGGAGAUGGUGAACCAAAAGCUGAAGUUGCAGACGUUGAGGACCAAGACGUCUCCUAAUCGGCGAUGUAAUUUGUAUUGAUGUGUUUUUUCUUAAGUCCUACAUGAUUUGUUCAGUUUUUUUUUUUUUUUUUCAUUAUAUUAUUAUUUUUUUUUUUCAACAAAAAAAAGUAAUCCGGAAAUCCACCACCUAUGUUUCCUUUACUCUUAUCUGUCUCCCAUUCGCUCCCCCUCCCUCUAAUUGUUCAUCCCGCGCUCUUCAUCGAACACUGGAAACUGCAUUACAACAAUUACCGAAACGGUUUGCAUGGACACGUGUAUAACUCCUCAAAAAAAAAAAAAAAAAAAAAAUUCAAGAGAAUAAGCAAAGGCUGUGUGUGGUUUUUGUUGUCAUUCCCCGUUGUCCCUGUCUCUUCUUAAUUUCCAAUAAUCAUUUCUGUUAUUUCUUGGAUCUUCCCCGUCGUUUUAUUCGUCGAAGAUCCGUCAUGCCCGCACACACACACACAUACAGACACACACACACAGUUUCUCUCUCUCAAUAUCUUUAUCUAUCUCUUUCUCUCUCUCUGCGCUGUAGUCUACGUCACACCAAGACUUCACGUGUAACCUAUUAAAACAAGCUACUGUUGUCUUCAUCUUUUCUGUAAAAUUACCGCAAUUUUUUUCGUCCAGCUUCCCCAUUGGAAGAAUUGCCUCACUUGAUCCGAUAAUCACUCUUAACCAAGGGUUACCGGAAACGGUUUUGAGAGAAAGAGAAGAUGGAGAAAGUUGACUUGAGGGGAUUUGUGCAAGUAUUCAUUCAGUCUUCAAUAUUGGCAAUGGUUUUUAGUUAAAAUAACGAAUGGCAGAACAAAAUCUUUGCUUCGUAUCGCAUUUUUCCCUCUACUAUUUACUAUUAGGCCUACCUUUAAGUUUUUAACCUUUCCGUGUCGCUCGCGCCAUUCCUAUUUAUUUCUCUGUGGUGUCAAAACAUUUGCUCACCAUCAUAGUUGGGAAAAAACCAAAAAGAAAAAAAAAUAUUUGAAUUGGGGAAUUUUAUUAUUAUUAUUUUUUUUGGUCCGACGUGAUGUAUCAGUAUCCUUUUUUGCAAGAAAAUAAUCUCUUAAUUUCAUCAUCUGUCUGGUUGUAAAACAAAAAUAAUCAAGAGGAUGACCGCUGCAGAAAAAGCUAGGUCAAAUACACGCGCGCAUUCUUUCGUCCUCGA